GACACGACUGAUCUUACCACCAUCGCAGACAUCUCGUUAACAGAAGAGGAAGUAUGUGUUGUACUCAAAGCACUGGAUGCAGCCAAAGCCACCGGCCCCGACAAAAUCCCAGCGUUACUGCUGAAGAACUGUGCAGUUAACAUCAGUUCAUCUCUAUGCCAGCUGUUCAACAAGAGCUUAUCUUAUGGAAUUCUGCCAUCCGAAUGGAAGCUGGCCAACAUCAGUCCAAUUCGAAAAAGAAACCCUAUUCACGACGUAACCAACUACAGACCAAUAUCACUGUUGUCAUUAGUUUCGAAAGUGUUUGAACGCUGUAUAUAUAAUAGACUUAUAGAACACGUAUACGGUCAAAUUUACGAACUGCAGUGUACGGUUUUCUCAGGGGCAGAUCUACAACAUCACAGCUGCUACACAUUCUCCAUCAAGUUCUUAACGUUCUUGAGCAAAAAAACCAAGUUGACAUUGUCUACCUGGACUUUGCCAAAGCUUUUGAUAAAGUAAAUCACGAUCUAUUACUGGUGAAGCUUCACAACUUCGGUAUAAGAGGAAAUCUUCUUCGUUGGUUCAGAGACUUCGUUUCUGGGCGAUUCCAGAGAGUCACUGCGCUUGGCGUUACAUCAAAACCACUUCCAGUUCUAUCAGGUGUUCCCCAGGGAUCAAUUCUUGGGCCACUUCUAUUCAUAAUUUACAUCAAUGAUCUCCCGAAAUGUGUCUCAGACGAUACUACCAUGGCAAUGUUUGCUGACGAUACCAAAUGCCACCGUCCUAUUAAAAAUUCCCAAGAUAAGGUAACCCUUCAAUGCGACCUGGACAACAUUACCAACUGGUGUCACGACUGGAAAAUGGAGUUAAAUGAAAGUAAGUGUGGAGUGCUACAUCUUACAAGAUCUCGUGAACCAACCAUCACACAGUAUACGGUGCUUGGUACCCCAGUUAUCCGACCUAACAGUCAGAAAGAUGUUGGCAUAUCUAUAACUGGUGACCUCAAAUGGAACAAGCAAGUGCAGGAGAUUUCGUCGAAGGCCAACAAGAUGCUGGGUUUCGUGAAGCGAACAACAUACAUGAUUGGUAACCUAUCGGUCCACAAGGCACUCUACCUGACUUUGGUUCGCAGUCAACUGGCGUACGGUUGUCAAGUAUGGGCACCCCAGACGGUCAGCAACAUUCUAACCAUCGAACGUGUUCAGCGGCGUGCCACCAAGUUCAUCCUAUCUCUGCCAUGCCAAACAGAUAUCUCGUAUAAAGAAAGAUUGCAGGUCCUUGGCAUCAUCCCUCUAUGUUACUGGCAUGAAUAUUUAGACAUAAUUUAUAUCUUUAAAAGUCUCAUAAAUGACUCUGACAGCAAUAUCUCGGUCAAAGUUUCAACACGAGAAACAAGAAGAGCAAGUAAUGGAACUUUCCUAAAUGUGGGAAAGUGCAGAACUGUCAACUACCAGAACAGUUUUUAUAUAAGAGCCGCGAGCGUGUGGAACACUCUUCCUCGUUAUAUUAGAGACACAACUAAGUCUAUAGGAUCAUUCAAAACAUUACUACGCAAGCACUAUAAAGAUCUAACGGACAGUGUUUUCAACCCCUAUGACCCGAGAACUCUUAAGUUAGUUUGUGUGAAAUGUCACACAACUGACACAAGUCGUCCUUUAUGGAACUUAUUAUCUAGACCAUGUUGUUAGGUCAAUCGAACCUUAUAUAGUGAUCCCUUAUUGCGUGUGCCAAAUGCACUUACCAUAAUGCUAUAAUGAAUAUUACUUUAUCUUAUGGUUCAACUCCAUGUACGAGACUACGAGUAUAGCAUUUUGGCGGUUGUGGACGGUGUGCGUGAUAGGGAAAGCAGUCAUUAAAUUUUAAUAUAGCUUGCUCGAUACAUAAACAAUCUUAACAGCUUCAAAUUACUCUAGUACUUCAUUCACGAGUUCAGAAUUUCAAAUAGGAUCUCAUGUCGUUGUCUUAUCGUUGUUUGUUUCAAUUUGUGGCCUGUUAAUUUGUUUAUCUGUUUAUUAGUAUGUCUAAUAUCUGUCACGCCAUAGUGUAAAUUAUAUAUUGUUAUGGUUAUGUAUGUUGUGGAACCCCGUUAUUGGAGAUUUUAUCUCUGUGUGGUCAUUCCAGCCAUUGUGUGUAAUUUAUAGUUAGUUUAUAUCUUUAAUAAUGGCAAAUUUGUAAAAAAAAUUUAAAAAAAAUGUUUGAAGUCUGAAGUCUGAAGUCCCUUCACGGCUUCCGUACACAUAGAUUCGUAGGAAUAGCAUAUGAGAAUUAAAAACAAAAGUUUUACAGAUUCUUGCAUGCAUGUUUUAAAUGUUUAAGUGUCUUUGCAUGUAGAUGUACUGUUGUUGUAUAUCACCAAUGGUAAAAUGCACAUCUCUCGAGCACAGAUAGGUAGCGCAUAAUUAUGUUCACUUCAAUCAUAAUAAUUAUAGAACCGUUACCCAAAGUCCCGAUAUUUAAGUAAGAGGUCACUAUAUAAUAUAUCAAAUAUCCUUUACUUUAUUCCUUGCAUGCCCAAAGCAGAUUUAAUCUUUGCUGAAGCAAAAAAUGUUGGAGAAAUGAUUUUGGUUAACUUAAUCUGAUUUUGUGCGUAUAUACCGUACAUGCCUACAAAAUAGUCAUGGAACAAAAAAUAUAGCCUUAAAGCAUAUCUCACCCUAUACUGUGUAUAAUGUUUAUCAGACCCUGAAAUAUAACAACAAAAUUGUCUGAUGAAAAUAAAAUGUGAUCAGAAACUUUCAAAUUUUGUCGCAUACUGUAUUUCUCAAAGUCAUUUUGACUCCUGGCGUCUAUUUGCGAUUUGGCAUUGAUUAAAUCACGUCAAUAAAUAAUACUUUUUGCCAAACACUAUACAGUGUAGUUAGAAUACUUUUAAAUUUGACAAUAGUCUUUGAUUAACCAUUCUUAGCUUUCAAGAAAACUGAUUAACUGACAGCUAUUGCUCUAUCUGGACAAAAUGUCUGAAUAAUUGAGCAUUUGGUUGGAAAACUGUAAUUUGGUCGGAAAAUGUUUGAUAUCCGACCGUUAUUUUCUGGUUGUAUAUACUAAGCACAAAUUCUUCGUACUAUAUAGCGGUGCUCUUGCAUUAACAGCCCAAAUUGUCAGAAACGAAGGACCUUUGGGAUUAUAUCGUGGUUUUGUGAGUACAUGUACAAGAGAAGUUGGUGGAUAUUUCUUCUUCUUUGGUGGCUAUCAAUUAAGCAAGCGUCUUUUAACACCUCCUGGAAAGACAGUUGAUGACCUGGGUAAGAUAUUUCUCACUUAAUAUAUAUUAGUCAUUAUUAACAGGCCUGAAACAUAUAGCAGGCCACGGGACAAUGGUCCCAGAAAAUGUUUGAGGUUAGCAGAAAAGAAUGGAAGGUAAAACCGGUAAAAGGUCUUAAAGGGAAGAAAGUGUACUUUACCAAUUUUAGCCGGUGACAAUCGUACUUUACUUAGUUUACUAUAGAUCAUAUAGACAAAAAUGCAUAAUGGCUAAUUUAUAACAUAAAAUUUGUUCGGUAGCCAUGUUGGAAUAAGCAAGCUUUCGUUGCCGGUUAGGGAUGCAACUACCUGAAAAUUAUAUAUUAGGAGAAUUUCGACGUCUCGAGGGAAGGCCCUUUGUCUGGAGUUACUAUAGCGGGGAUCGGGAAAAUUACAUGUCUGAGCUUUUAUACUAAGAAUAUAAAAGUGAUCACCUGACAUAAAAUAAACCAAUCAGAUGGAUUUAGUCAAAACAAAGUAUAUAUAAACAAAAAAUGUAAAUCAUAUAUUUAUUUUAAUACAAUUCUUAACAGAAAACAUAGCAAAUACAACAAAAUAUAUAAAACAAGUAUGGAACAAGGUAAGAAUUAAAAGUACUGUCAAUGUCUGUUUUAGACAGGCAAAUACAGAUAGAGUUAAGGAAAACGUUCAUUAACGCCAUAGGGGUGGACAGUCAGACAGUGCCAAGUUUAGAAUUGAGAUGCAUUUUGUGUCUUUUGCGGCUAUCGUUGCUAUCAGAAAUGGGACAGAGGGCUCUAAUUUCCAUAUCUGGGACGACUGCGUCUGAAAGCACAUUUUCACCAAUCAAUCCUCCGUCCCUCACAAGGACGUUUUUGAGACUAUAAUCCCUAAAAAAAUUUCCUGGUCUCCUUCAGAAGACCAAUAUGGGUCAUUUGAACUAUUCAUUCGACAAUGUCGACAUGAUAUAGAACAGCUCGGGCCCAUGUUUAGGCCCAAAAGGCCACCCAAUCUGACUGACACUGAAUUUAGUGCACUUCGAUCACUUCGUGCUGGGGAUCACAUUGUUAUCAAACCUGCUGAUAAAGGGGAUGCCUUGGUAGUUAGGAGGGCUGAUUUAUAUCGUAAUGAAGCUCACCGACAAUUUGGUGACACCACUUUUUACAGCAGGGUUGACAAGGAUUUGACUUCCACUCGAUCAUCAAACCACCAUUUCUAA